UAUUCUCACUACUUGCUCGCACACACCGGCCGCCAACGUACCGCGAGCACAAGUUGAUCCACAGAGCUACAUAUACAACACGAACCAUGAAAGUCUCCUCUGCCAUACUCACUGCAGCUUCUCUCCUGUUAACCUCUGCUGCUGCUGCUGCGGAAGACGGCGCGUUCCGGAACAACUCCGUUUUGAGAGGAGGUAAAAGAAGCAGAGGCGGAGGCAGGAACGGAAAAAAGCACUCUUCGUCGGAUUCAUCAUCAUUUGACGACGACAUGGUCACUCACGGAGGGUGCUCGGAUCCAGUUGGAGCCGUCCUUAACUUGUUUGACUGCGUCACGAACAAGGACAGUGUGUGCGCUGCUGCUGGCUAUGACCCUGGCUUUCAACGCUUCCACAACGAGAACUUCACGGGAGAUAUACCAGUUUCCGAACCUGAUUAUUGGGCCGGCGCUUUCGCGGUCGUCGAUCUUUCUUUCGACAUGAAGUUCACCAACAACCCUUCCCCGAACAGGGCCUCUGUGCGCUACAUUGAGACUGUGACCACAACCGACGGGCUGAGCCUGGGGGUACCAGCAACGUUUGAGUACCCGUUCAAUGUCACCAUUCUUCAGCACGAACACGUGCUUGUGGACGUUGACGACGACUGCAACUUCGUACUCUGGGAUCAGUACGGUGACGACCAGGAGCAGACCGAUGUGGACGUGGUUGUAGCGGAUCUGCUAUCUUGUGUGAGCGGGGGGCCGUGCGGACCCGCUUGAAAGAGAAACGGUCAUAAAUGAUCUGCGCUCGGCGCAAGUAAUGGUUUCAACCAUCAUUCUGCAUAUAUAUACGCCAAAAGUUUAUGACAGCUGUCUGUGUGGCAGCAUCAGGAGGAGGUUGUGGAAGACCGGCCAGCGCUCAGGAACGAAGGUCGGCGGUGGGUGCUUGGAGGGUGUCACAGGAUGAUGAUAACAAGAAAGGACGAUCUCGCUGCGGUUUCAUAAAUUAUCGCGUUUGAAUUGGAGAUCCUGGUGCCGGGUCUUGUUCUUUUGUCUGAUAUUUCUCUGUUGACUAUCGUUGGUGUUGCCCUUGGCUGUGUUCUACAUAGUUUUUGUACAGAGGCCAGUAGAGGAGGGAAAUAUGUUGCGAAGAUUAUUCGCAACCUAGAUGUCGCGAUUGUUUGGCCGACAAGGUAAUAAGAACAAGGACAUGCCCAGCGACGCCCCAAAGGGUACAAGGGAAAUAGGAAGCCGAAAGCUGUGUGCGCUAUGGAUCACCAAGAGUAGCCAUUACAGAGGUAGACUACUACUUUGAACUGCAAGCAGUCUUCUUGUUAGCCUUUUCUCGUUCAGUGCCUGUAUGAUUCUUUUGGUGCCGCCGUAGUGAAAGAAGAGACAGGUCAGUCUUUAGUGGUUUAUCGGGGUGAACAACACGACCGACACGUUUUCUAGAUCGCGGACUCCUUCGACAGGCGGGUCUCGGGAGGGGAUAGGACGGUAUGAGGAUAUGUCGAGGUAUGUUUGUAUUGCGUUUAUAUGUACGUUUUGGAACGUGUCCUAGCCCGCAGCAACGCUCGCCACCUUUCGGCUGGAUGGCGGAUGAAUGUCGGUAUACUUCAGUCUCAUGUACAGCCUGUGUUAUCCGAACAACGUGCAGGGUUGACGCCUCUUUGUACGAGACAUCGGUUUUGGCACUCAUCAUGUAGACGAUGGGGCAAUGGGUGGGAGGAAACAACUGCUCCAUGUAUUUUGCGUCGCUUGAACACUCGGAGCAUCAACUACAAGCGGUCAUGUUGUCUGUACCUCCUUAACAUAGACUAGACUACAUGCAUAUGAUGUAGCUGAAGCUAGGAGCAAGUUGAGGAGAGGUGAAAGCCGCCGAAAGGGGGUAUUGGUGAUCAAUGUGUGGACUUGUGAACUGGAUCGUAGGGGGGGAGUAUGGAUGAGUGGGAUCCAUCUGUUGAAAUCCUGACGGACGCGUCUUCGACCCUGCUGAAAAUGACUCUCUAGGUAGUCU